GUCCCCGCCCGCGGUCAGGAGGGAGGCCGCGUCACCUCCCGACACGGAACGCGGCCACCGCUCUCUCCAUCCGCUUCGCCGCACCACCCCGGCCCCGGCGACGGCGAGCGAUGAUACUCCGGCGGAUACACGGCCGCGUCUUCCGCCGAUCCUUCUCCCCCGAAUCUCUCCUCGAUGCCGCCCGCGAUGGGGCAUCUCGCGCGCUGGCCUCCGCCGGGCUCCCCCACCGCUGCCUCCACGACGCGGCGGGGGACGGCACAUCCCCAGACCACCGGAAAAAGCCAGGUCCUCUUACGCUCUACAGGAAUCUAGUAAGCCAAGGGAAACUCACACAUGACAGUUACCAGGAAAAUGUUGCCUCUGAAUUACACAACUUACUUAGAAGACUUGAACAUUAUGAGAUGGAAAUGGAGGAUUACCAUACAAGGCUGUCAAUUUGGGAGAAUAGCAGGGAAAAAGAGAGGCGAAAGCUUCUUGUUGAAGAAGCUGAAGACAAACAGCGUGGCGGUGUAUGGAUAGAUGAGAAAAGGGGAUUUCUUGACAAGUUGGUUAUGCGGAGAAGAAGGGGAAGCAUAGAACCUGGAGUUGGAAAGUGGGUCUCAUACCUGAACCGAGAGAAGAAACUAGAUACAGUGGUAGGCCAGAGACCAGUCACACCUAUUGCUCCUAAAGGAUUGUAUCUAUAUGGAAAUGUUGGAAGUGGGAAGACAAUGUUGAUGGACAUGUUCUAUGGGGCCACUGAAGGUGUUAUCAAACACAGGAGGAGGUUUCACUUUCACGAGGCCAUGCUUGAAAUACAUGAUCAUAUGCAUGAUGUAUGGAAGAGGCGCGAUGAUGACAAAUCUAUUCACUCAAGUGCUUUCAGUUGGAUAUCAAGCCUCCCUUUUGAUGCAAAAAUUAAGGAGUGGCUGAUCGGGGAAGAGAAGUAUAAACAAGAGACACAGCAAAAACAUAUCCUUCUAGCGGUUGCUGACAAGUUUCUGAUUGAUAGACAGGCAAAUAAAACUGGAGCAAGCAUUCUAUGCUUUGAUGAGAUACAGACCAUCGAUGUAUUUGCUGUUGUGGCCCUGUCUGGCAUUCUAAGCAGACUGUUAAGCACAGGGACUGUACUCGUAGCAACCAGUAACAAAGCACCUGAAGAUCUGAAUCAGGAUGGAAUGCAGAGGGACAUCUUCCUUGAGUUUUUAUCAAAAUUAGAUGAAAACUGCAAUAAGAUUCUUGUUGGAACUGAAAAGGACUACCGUCGUCUAAUUCCAACAGAAGGCUCAACUCAGGUUCACUAUUUUUGGCCUGUCACUUCUGACACUCGCAGUAUGUAUGAGGAUACAUGGCGCGACAUAAGUAACCAAACAGGAGGAAACAUUGUUUCUGUCACCAUUCCUGUAAUGUUCGGGAGGUCUAUUGAGAUUCCUCGAAGCUGUAAUGGCGUGGCAAGGUUUGACUUCGAGUAUUUAUGUGGUCGCCCCGUUGGAGCUGCAGAUUAUAUAGCAAUAGCUAGGAACUACCAUACAAUUUUCAUAUCAGAAAUUCCAGCUAUGAGUAUGAAAAUUCGUGACAAGGCAAGAAGGUUUAUCACGCUUAUCGAUGAGCUGUACAAUCAUCACUGCCGUCUUAUAUGUCUAGCUGCCUCAUCCAUUGAUGAUCUUUUCCAAGGAACUGAAGAAGGACCUCUUUUUGAUUUAGAGAGUUUUCAGUUUGAAACUGAGGCCGAGGGGACAAAGCUAAGGAGAGAUGUUUUAGCAGGAGGCAAUGUUGGCUCGGGGCCUUCUACAGCUGGCCUAGUGUCAAUAUUGUCCGGUCAAGAAGAGAUGUUUGCGUUCCGCAGGGCGAUAUCUCGGCUUAUCGAGAUGCAGACCCCGCUGUAUCUGGAGCGUGUCCAGGAUGUCCAUCCCUCCUUCCGACUGCUGGGUCAUGCUCUUGCACGCAACAGUGCUGUAUCUCAGUCUGCUCCGUCUGCUUGACAGGCAACACAACACUCCCUCUGCAGCUGUAUCGUCAUUCUCUUCAAUUCUUACAUCCGGACUUUAUUCAUGUGAGUAUGUGACAAAGCAAUAAUGUUAGUAAACACUAUUAGUGUUUUUUUAGAUAAAGAAACACCAGUAGUGCUUAUAUCGAGAGAACCUAUGUACAAAUAAAACGGUCGGGAUGAGUGAUACGAUCAAGUUGUUAUGAUAUCUCACA